AUGGCAUACAGGAAACGCACGAGAAGCCAAGCUCAAAAGGUCCAUAGGAGGUUCAACGAGAGACUGAACACUCUAAGGACGAAAAUCGAAGAACUCAACGCCAUUAAGGAAAACCGAGCCAUCAUGGUGUGGACAGACAAAGACAAAACGUUGGCCUGUGGCGACGAACAGCUCAUGAAGAGGUUGGGUUACCCUAUUGAAACUCUUCCGUAUCGGACCCGUCAUCCCAUAUCAUCACCCACAAACUCGGCUUCUUCAGUUUCUUCCCCUUAUCAUCGUCCUCAAAAUGGAAACGAAUUAUCGGAAAACGAGGAAAUAUUCAGUCAAAGCUCGCUCCCGGCGAGGAAACAUCUAAUAACUUAUGCGAAUGGAGAUGGGUUGAUAUCAAAGUGGAAAAAGGAGAAAUUGGAUAUAUUGGCUUUCGACUUUUUUAGCGAUGACUAUUAG